CUCCCGCUUAAUUCAGGUUUAUGGCCAAGCUGCUUCUCAGGCGGUGCUGUUGCUUUUCUUCUCAAGAAUCUCCCUCCUUCUUACCGGAAUUUGGAAUCGAGUGAGUUUUCUGACGUGUUUGAGCACAGGACCCAGGGGUACUUCGAGAGAGAAGUGGUCCUAGAGGAGCUGGACUGAUCAUAGAAAUGAGUCCUGCAGAUGCUCUCGAUGAUGAAAAUACAUUUAAAAUCUUAGUUGCAACAGAUAUUCAUCUGGGAUAUAUGGAAAAAGAUGCCGUCAGAGGAAAUGAUACGUUUGUAACACUUGAUGAAAUUUUAAGACUUGCCCAGGAAAAUGAUGUGGAUUUCAUUUUGUUAGGGGGUGAUCUUUUUCAUGAAAAUAAACCCUCAAGAAAAACAAUACAUAACUGCCUCGAGUUAUUAAGAAAAUAUUGCAUGGGGGAUCGUCCUGUACAGUUUGAAAUUAUCAGCGAUCAGUCAGUCAACUUCGGUUUUAGUAAGUUUCCAUGGGUGAACUACGAAGAUAGCAAUCUCAACAUUUCAAUUCCUGUGUUUAGUAUUCAUGGCAAUCAUGAUGAUCCUACGGGGGCAGACUCACUCUGCGCCCUGGAUAUUUUAAGUUGUGCUGGAUUUGUAAAUCACUUUGGACGUUCAAUGUCUGUGGAGAAGAUAGACAUUAGUCCGGUUUUGCUUCAAAAAGGAAGCACAAAAAUUGCUCUAUAUGGCUUAGGAUCCAUUCCAGAUGAAAGGCUCUAUCGAAUGUUCGUCAACAAAAAAGUGACAAUGUUGAGACCAAAAGAAGAUGGGAACUCUUGGUUUAACUUAUUUGUGAUUCAUCAGAACAGGAGUAAACACGGAAGUACUAACUUCAUUCCAGAACAGUUUUUGGAUGACUUCAUUGAUCUUGUUAUCUGGGGCCAUGAACAUGAGUGUAAAAUAGCUCCAACCAAAAAUGAACAACAGCUCUUUUACGUAUCACAACCUGGAAGCUCAGUGGUCACUUCUCUUUCCCCAGGAGAAGCUGUAAAGAAACACGUUGGUUUGCUGCGUAUUAAAGGAAGGAAGAUGAACAUGCAGAAAAUUCCUCUCCGCACAGUGCGGCAGUUUUUCAUGGAGGAUGUCGUUCUGGCUGAUCAUCCAGACAUUUUUAACCCCGAUAAUCCUAAAGUAACCCAAGCCAUACAAAGCUUCUGCUUGGAGAAGAUUGAAGAAAUGCUUGAAAAUGCAGAACGGGAACGUCUGGGAAAUUCUCGACAGCCAGAGAAGCCUCUUAUACGACUGCGAGUGGACUAUAGUGGAGGCUUUGAACCGUUCAGUGUUCUUCGCUUUAGCCAGAAAUUUGUGGACCGGGUAGCUAAUCCAAAAGAUGUUAUCCAUUUUUUCAGGCGUAGAGAACAAAAGGAAGACACUGGAGAAGAGAUCAACUUUGGGAAGUUCAUCACAAAACCUUCAGAAGUAACAACUCUAAGGGUAGAAGAUCUUGUGAAACAGUAUUUUCAAACCGCAGAGAAGAACGUGCAGCUCUCACUUCUAACAGAAAGGGGAAUGGGUGAAGCAGUACAAGAAUUUGUGGACAAGGAAGAAAAAGAUGCCAUAGAGGAAUUAGUGAAAUAUCAGUUGGAAAAAACACAGCGAUUUCUUAAAGAACGUCAUACUGAUGCCCUAGAAGAUAAAAUCGAUGAAGAGGUACGUCGUUUCAGAGAAAGCAGACAGAAGAAUGAAGAAGAUGAUGAAGUCCGAGAGGCCAUGAGUAGGGCCAGAGCCCUCAGAUCUCAGUCAGAGGAAGCUGCUUCCGCCUUUAGUGCUGAUGACCUUAUGAGUAUAGAUUUGGCAGAACAGAUGGCUGAUGACUCUGAUGACAGCAUCACAGCAGCAGCCAACAAAGGAAGAGGCCGAGGAAGAGGCCGGAGAGGAGGAAGAGGGCAGAAUCCAGUGUCAAGAGGAGGAUCUCAGAGAGGAAGAGCAGGCGCUGCUCUGGAGACUUCUACUCGAGGCAGAAGUUCAAAGGCCACUAUGUCAACAUCUAGAAAUAUGUCUAUUAUAGAUGCCUUUAAAGCUGCAAGACAGCAGCCCUCCCAAAAUGUUGCUACUAAGAAUUAUUCAGAGGUGAUUGUGGUAGGUGAGUCAGAUACGGAAGAAGACAUUUUUCCUACCACUUCCAAAGCUGAUCAAAGGUGGCUGAGCACUUCAUCAUCGAGCAAACACACGUCCCGGAGCAAAAUCACUAAAGGGGUUGAUUUUGAAUCAGAUGAGGAUGAUGAUGAUCCUUUUAUGAACCCUAGUUCUGUAAGAAGAAACAGAAGAUAAUAUAUUUAAUGGCAGUUUGAAGUUUUCAAGAUUCAGGAAAAAUCGAAACGUUGCAAACUACGAGUUUACCAGUUGAAGAUUUUUUGAGUAUUGCUGUUAACUGAAGAAUUUGAAUGAUUCUUACUUAACAGAGAAACUAGUGUAUAAAAAUUUAUGUUUUUGAAUAUCAUUUCCUGAACAUGACUUCAUUAUUUGAGAAACUUCCCAGCUCAAGGGCGUAUAGAAUAGCAUUGGUUUUCCUUAUUUUUUAAUCUGGUUGUUAACAUUACCUGUUCUAUAAAUGCUCCAUAAAACUUAGAAUGUUGUUUUUCUGACAUACAUCAGUAUAUGUCUUACCAAGUGAGAGCUUUGCUUAAAUACAGUCUUGAGUAAGGACUAAAAUAAAUCUACCAUUGUAUGUUUCUGCUUUAUAAUCAAAGACUGUGCCAGGAUUUUAAGGUUAUUAUAUGUAGCCAAAGUUGAGGAAAAGAGCUUAUAGAAUCUAGUCCUUUUUAUAAUUUUCGUAAUUUCUAGACAUCCUGGAUUUCCUGCAGGUAAAACAAUUUAUAUGAAACGGUGCCUAAGCUCACUGUCUGUUACUCAGUAUAUGUUCUUUUUCUAAUGCUUGUGAUAGUAUCAGCCAGAAACUUUGAAUGAUUACAUAUACCCUAGACUUUGAAAAAUUAGAUAUGUUUGUAUCAAAAAAUAAAGUCUGUCAGAAUUAUUGUUUUUUAUUCCA